CACUCACUGGCCGGAGAAAAGGACGCCCCCCGGCCCACUUCGGUUCACCGAGGACAGCGCAACCUGCCCUCAACUACUAUGGCGGCGCUGCCCAAUUGGGCUUCUUGCCCCUAGGGAUGAUGGCCGCCAGGCGGCUUCACUUAGUUUCUCACCACCCCGGAAGACGGGGAGCGGCGAUUGGGCGGUGCUCAAAGGCUCCGAGAAGAAGGCCCUCGGCGGUUGGGCAGUGGUGGGUAAGGCUAGUUUUAAAGGAGCCGGAGGUGGGAGCCGUCGAAGACCCGGGAUCCGCGGGAGGCGGCGGCUGGAGCCUGGGAUCCCCCAGGGACUCCCCGGAGCCGCCGCUUCCCCCAUGGACUUGCCCGGGGACUCCAGCCCGCCAGGCCGGCAGCGUCUGUGCCGCCAGCCCCUGGCUCGAGCAGUAUGGAGAGCCAGGAGCCCCAAACGGCCGAAGCUGCAGCCCCUCGGGGCUCCUUCACCCUUGGAAAAAGCCUCUCGGCGGGUCCUGGCCGUGGUUCUGGAAGAUGUCAUGGCUGCCCACAUGGUCCCCCUGGUGCCCCAGGAGGAGAUCUCCACCCCACGGCACCGCAGAACUCGUCGGGAUUCUAUCCACAAUCAGCCACCUGCCUCGCCACCCCGACAGGCCCCAUGGUCCCCACAAGCCAGGCCUCCCGACCCACUGCAUUUAUGCCGAGAGCCCUUGAGCCGUGUCCAUCAGCCCCCUUCCACCCUGAGGCGGCGAUCAAGGGCAACACCUGGCCCAGAGGGGGGCCCUUCACAAAAGGUGGACCAGGCCCCCCAGCCCACUCUGGUGGUGAUGCUGGAGGACAUUGCCAGCUCCAGACCCCUGGUUGAGGGCUUUGCUGAUAAGACUCCCAACUUCAUCGUCCCAGCGAGAAGACCUGAGCCCAGGAUGAUGGUUCACCAGCCAAAGCCUCCACGCAGGGACCUGGAACCCCCAUUCCAGCCAUCUGCCCUGUCUGCAAACCCUCCAGAGAGCCCACCACCAGCCCCAGAUCCUGUUCUGGAGCCCCCAUCGAUCCCACCGCCGUCCAGCCUUUUACGCCCCCGCCUCAGUCCCUGGGGCUUGGCCCCCCUCUUCCAUUCCGUCCGCUCCAAGCUGGAGAGCUUUGCUGACAUCUUCCUCACACCCAACAAAGCCCCACGGCCCCCACCCCCAUCAUCCCCCAUGAAGUUGGAGUUGAAGAUUGCCAUCUCAGAGGCCGAGCAGUCCAGGGCUGCCGAGGGCACUGCUUCUGUUAGUCCCCGGCCCCCUAUUCGCCAAUGGCGGGUCCAAGACCAGAAUCCCCCAGCACCUCUCCCUAAGCCCUCUCUGGGCCGAAGCCACUCCUGCCCUGAUCUGGGGCCCCCCGGCUCAGAUACCUGCAGCUGGCCCCCUGCUCCACCCCACCCAAGCUGGCCACGGCCUCGGCGGCACACUGUGGGUGGUGGAGAGAUGGCCCGAGCCCCGCCACCCUCUCGGCCCUGUCUCCGGAAAGAGGUCUUCCCUCUUGGAGGAGUGGGAGGUUCUCCUCCCCUCGUCACAUCUUGCUCAUCUACCGCAACCACUUCUUCCUUCUCUGAACCUGCAGAACCCAGGAUGAGCUCAACCAAGAGGAAGGAGAAAAGGGCCUCAGAAGACCAGGUGCUUUCAGACCCCGAGAGCAAGACCAUGGGAAAGGUUUCUCGAUUCAGAAUACGCAGGACACCGGCCCGUUCUCAACUAAACCUUACACCAAUGGGGCUGCCUCGACCAAUCAGGUUGAACAAGAAGGAGUUCAGCUUGGAAGAAAUUUACACCAACAAGAAUUACCAGUCACCCACAACCAGGAGGACCUUUGAGACCAUCUUCGAGGAACCCCGGGAGCGCAACGGGACUCUGAUUUUCACCAGUUCAAGGAAGCUCCGGAGGACUGUAGAGUUUAGGGACAGCAGUCUUCCUCGAUCCCGGCGGCCAUCUCGUGGGGCCCGGGCUGCAGCCGGCAGGACCCUUACUCCCAAUCUGGCCCCCAGCCCAGAUGUAGGACCCCUGCUGCAGCAGCGACUGCAGGAGCUGGAUGCUUUGCUCCUGGAGGAGGAGGAAGCGGAUCCAGAGCAGCCCCAUCGGACUUAGAAGCUCCAUCUGUUUCUCUGUCCAUCUGUCCAUCCGUCCUGGAGGGAGGGGAUGUCUCUUAGUUAUAUAUUUUUUCUCUAUGUUUCUAGUAAAGUUUUCGAUAUGUUUCUGA